AUGUAUGUGAAAUGGUUUGAUACAGUAAUGUUUUACUAAGUGAUUUUAGUGUAUUUAGUGAAUGUCACUUUUUGUCAUUUUUAAAUUUCCCGCUGUUCCCUCCCCGUACGCCCUGACGUCACAGGGGACGGAACCCAGAAGACAGAUGCCGGCAUUACAGGGGACACUGCAGGAGGGACAUCGCGGGAGCGCAGGACAAGGUAAGAGAAGAACAGAUCCCGAAGCAGCGCCGCAUGGUAAGCCCGAGUGUAGCUCGGGGUUACCGCUUGUGCUACACUCGGGAAUACCGCCAGGGAGGUUAAGAGAA